CUAAAAAAAAACAAACAGUGAAAAUGACAUGAUUAACUUUGUUUAUUGAUUAUAACUUGAAUGACUAUCACAUGAUGAAUUUGCAUGACGCAACAUAUGCAAGUUAUGAAAAUAAAUUGUAAUAAGUUUACUUAACUUAUAUUUAGAGAUAUAUAUAUAUACCUCUGAAGUUGUUUAAUAUUGUUAUUAAUAUGAUUUACGCUUGUGCGAUAGCUUACUUUAAUUUUUUGUGUGUGACUACAGUAUUAACUGUUCCAUUGUCCUCUAACUCUGCUGAAGAUUGGGGUUAUGUCAAUAUUAGACAGGAUGCUUACACAUUUUGGUGGCUUUAUUCUGCAGAGGAUGUCGAAAAAAGUUUGUCAUUACCACUAGUGUUAUGGCUUCAGGGCGGACCUGGCGCAUCAUCGACUGGUUUCGGAAAUUUUAUGGAAAUUGGCCCGUUAGAUAGUAACUUAAAUCCAAGACAAAAUACUUGGGUUAAAAUAUCGAAUCUUUUGUUUGUUGAUAACCCUGUUGGUGCUGGAUUUAGUUAUGUUACAAAUCCUGAUGCAUAUACAAGAAAUGUAACUCAAAUAGCUGAAGAUCUUUACAUUUUUCUUAAGUAUUUUUUUAGCAAAAAACCUGAGUUUUCAACAGUUCCUUUUUACAUAACAUGUGAGUCAUAUGGUGGAAAAAUGACUUCAGCUUUUGGUGUUAGACUAUUAGAAGGUAUUAAAAACAAGGAUAUUAAUUGUAACUUUAAAGGUGUAGCAUUAGGCGAUUCUUGGAUUUCCCCUGUGGACUCAGUUAUGACUUGGGGACCAUAUUUAUAUCAGUACAAUUUACUAGAUGAAAAAGAUUUACAAACUGUCAUGGAUAUAUCAAAUAAAACAGCUCAAGCUGUGUUAGAUAAUAAUUUUAGUCUUGCGACAGAUUUAUGGUCAGAAACAGAAGAAGUCAUUUCCUCAUUAACUGAUAAUGUAAAUGUUUAUAAUGUUUUACAACAUAAUGCUCCAGAACUAUUAACUAAAUCUAAUUCAAAUAAAUUUUAUAAUCGAUAUUUUGCAGUUUACUAUCAAGAUAACUUGAGCGAUUUAAUGAAUGGAGCAAUACGAAAAAAGCUGCGUGUAAUUCCUGACUCAGUUACGUGGGGUGGUCAAUCAAAUGAUGUAUUUAAAUACCAAUCAGAAGAUUUUAUGAAACCUGUCAUAAAAGCUGUUGAUAUUUUAAUAUCAUCUGGAAUAAAAGUUGUAGUUUAUCAAGGACAGCUGGAUAUGAUUUGUGAUACACCAGGUGCUGAGUUAUGGAUCAAAAAACUACAAUGGAAUAAAUUAGAGUCUUUUUUAAAUCAGAAACGUAUACCAUUGUAUGUCAAAGAAAAAGGAUCAGACACUCAGGGUUUUUUGAAAAAGCUUGACAAUUUUAGUCUUUAUUAUAUUAUGAAUGCUGGUCACAUGGUUCCAACAGAUAAUAGUGAAAUGGCAUUAGAAAUGUUGCAGCAAAUUUUAAAUGAUGAUAAUUAAUACUGCGAUUUGUAUUAUAAUUUCAAUAUGUAAUUUGUAGCUGUUUAAUCACGAUCAUAUUUAAUUAAGUUA